AUGCUGGAACGGGCUGCCGGAUGUCUUGAGAACGCGGGACGGCGUUUCUUCCGGGAUCCCAACGGCGCUGUUCGAGGUCGGGGUUCGAUAUAUUCAACUCUUGGGCAAUUCAGUAGCGCAGGGGCGGAGCUUUUGGUUUUCCUACAGGCAACGCAAAGAUCCGCGUCGAAUACUUCAACCGCCACCUCGACAACCGGAAGGACAGCCACGGACCCGCGGGCCCCCGUUCUCGACUUUCUCUAUCCCCCCCGCACACAGGAGUUUAUAGCGACAUGCUUGAUACGUUCGCCGAGAAGGCUUGUCCCGCGACGGAAAAGGAAGGCCGUCCCUGGCCUUUCCAGAAAUUACUCGUCAGAGGCUGUUAGCCUAGACCGCAGGGUGGACGCUGAGGCUCACAUGCUCGACGACUCUGCUGAAAUAAUUGCCGAUGAAGACCGCGCCAUUGCCAAGAAUGAACUUCGAGCGUUAUUGGAUAAGGAGGAGAUCGAAGAUUCCGAUAAAUUAUGGAGCCUUUUUUCGAAGGCUGGUCACCCUCUUGACCUGACUUCUGCAUUGCUGGCGGGAAUUGGCAGCUCUGAGCGUGACGUUGAUAGCAGAAGGGCCAGACGACUCCUCAACUCUCUGCCUACCGAGUCCCGAACUUCUGAGGAUUAUUUGCACAUGACCAAGUCUUGUAUUGCCACGGGAAAUUUUUCGGAUGUAAUUGGGAUAUGUCGCGAAGCAGUCUCCUGUGGCCGCGGCGUCUCAUGCUGGGCAUACUGUUUUGCACAAUUUGUGAACUCUGAACGAUGGGAUUAUGUGCAAGAUAUUUGGAGAUCGAGGCCGUUGGGCGACAACUCACUAUGGCACGCUGUCGCGCCUUGGCUACAGUUGUCUUCCGUGCAUAAGCCUUUGUUUGCACUUGCUGAUUAUUUACAAGAUCAGAGUCUCCACAGUCCAGUACGUCAUGCUACUCGCUUCAUACUCAACAAUGUAUUUUCUAGCACGGAAUUUGCCGAAGCUACUGCGACGGAGACCCUACUAGCACUACUGCAAAAGUUCAAUCAUUUGGACAUGGUCACUUCCCGGAAUUAUUUUGAUCUUAUCAACAUCCUCCAAGAAUCAGAGCACCGAUCGACGUUUGUUCGAUCUAUCGUGGUAUAUCGGAAUUUCCGUUGGCAGAUGGAAGAAGAAACUCCACCCCGAAAGCUUCUGGCUAAGCUGUUGAAGCGUCUUGCUUCGUUCGAGAUCACAACUGGUAUCUUAUACUUCCUCGAUGAGAUUUCCCAAUUCCAUCGCAAACCGACAGAGGACGUCUACAGGCAGGCGCUUAUUGUUUUUUCGAGAGCCGGUGAUGUGGAUAACGUCCAGCAUGUAUUCGAGAGGUUUCUUUCGGACCACGGGAAGCCGCGAAGCCGCAAACUCGUGGCUCCGCUUCUCUAUGUUUACGCCAGAAUCGGCGAUGUUGAAAAGACUACGCGUCAAUUCCGAAGAAUUUCAGAAGAGUUCAACCUUCAACCAAAUAUUAUAUGUUGGAACAUCCUGCUUACGGCUUAUUCCAAAGCAGGAGAUCUUUCAGGGACCUUCGCCAUGUUCAAGAAAAUGAUUGAGGAGGGUGUUGAGCCCAGCUCGCACACUUUCGGUAUAAUGAUGGGUCUUUGUGCUAACCGGGGCGAUGUCACUCAUGUCCGCGAUUUGCUCAGCCUGGCCCAACAACAUAACGUGCAGAUAACCGCCCCCAUGAUUGAUACAGUUGUGGAGGCUUAUUGCAACAACUCCGAGUGGGAGAUGGCUGAGCACGUUGCGGAGACUUGCCUCGGCCUCGACGUCAAGGGUUCUCGCGUAAGAAUGUGGAAUAUCCUACUCUGGAAUUAUGCUUUCCGGAUGGACCUGGAAGCUAUCUCAAGGAUACGCUCGCGGAUGGAUGCCGCAGGAUUGGAGCCCGAUGAUAUGACUUAUUCUGCUCUCAUGCUCAGUCUUGUGCUUAUAGGCCAGACGGAUUCUGCCCGUCGCAUCCUCAGGGCACUCCACAGAGGCCGCCGCGUUUACGCUACUGAAUUCCACUACGCAGUCAUCCUGUAUGGCUAUCUGAAGGAUCGCAAUCGGGAUAUGGUGCACAUCAUCUUCCGCGAAAUUAAAGACAGAUUCAACCAGCCGGGACUUGGCUCGAGGCUCCUCGUGCUCAAGAGUCAGAUCCAGCGAGAUUUACAACUUUUGGCACAGGGUGGUCAGGUCGGCAACCACGCAAAUAUUCGUCUCGAAAACUCUGAGAAGUUCCUCGCAGAGACUCUUGCGGAUUACCACUCUACCAAAUUGGCGACAAAGUACCCCUUGCUGGGUUCUGGUAGAAUGUCUGCCAGGAAGGGAUUCCCUGCUGUUUACUACGAAUAUAUGAUCUCUGCCUAUGGUAUGAAGGGGGCUUAUCUGUCGGCUCGGAGGCUUUUCGAUGACUAUACCGCAAGUCAUGCACCUAAAGACUCCGACGAAGAAAAUUACCAUGAUAUCGCCCCUCUUCGUUUGCUGUCUGCCUUGAUGCUCGCACAUUUGAAGGCUGAACAGUACCACCAGGUGGAAGAAUGCUGGAACUUGGCUUUCACCCGCGCUUUGAAGAUAGCCAGUCCCACUUCCCCUGAUAUUGAUGAGUGGCUUAGCCGUCAACUUAACCCAGUUACACCGCCCUUACCAUCUCAUGCCGAACUCGUGGUGAAUCCCGAUUCCUCCCAGGCUACGUCAAGCGAGCCAGCUACGACAAAGAAAGACCCGAUCCUACCGGCGUACCGCUUCAUGCUAUCUCGCCCGCUCUCACUGUAUCUGCGUUCUUUGGCUUAUGGAAACGAAGUUUCGAAGAUCUCCGAGGUUAUAGCAAAAUUGUCCGAUCAGAUUGAAGCUUUCACUGUCUUUGAACAUAAGUUCAUGCCCAACUUCCCUGGGUGGGAUAAUCUUCGUCGAGGAUAUGGGGCACGACCGCCGGGUGUGCCUUCAACCAUUGAUGCGAUGGAGAAUCCCAAACGUGCAAAGCCGCCUAAUGUACUGGGCAAACUGGGCCGGCGCUACUGGAGCAAAAUCCAGCCGGACUUCAUGCAGCCCACGUACGUGUCCAUGGUAUAUCUGGCUGCUGCAUUGAGGCGACUUCGCGAACGAAGCAUCCACGAGGGAGGCACGGACCUUCAAGCUAUCUACGAUGCGGCGCCGAAGACAAUCGCAGCCGUUGCUAGACUGCCUUACCUCCGUGAGAAGUUCCAAGGUGUGCUCCUCCGGCGUCGGCAGGAGAAAGGCGAGAUGGUUGAUGAACUUGGACGCGAUCGCUAUGUAUGGACAGGCGGUAUUCUUGGCGUUGGCGGCCUGACUAGGUCUAAGUCGCGGGUUGAGCCGACUGGUGAUAAGGCGGAGCAAGACAGCAGCAAUGUUCGAGUCGAAUCAAAGGACGCCUCUUCGAAUCCAAUUGAUGAGCCUCCGCUCAACGUUGGUAUCUCUGAGCUGGACGAUGAUGAGCAAGAUUCCGAUGUUGCACCCUCGCCGUUCAGAAAGACCCUCGACUACCCCGACGAAUACGACAUGGAGGCCGAGACGCUGCUUGAGGAAAGAGGCAAGGAACUCGGAACGAAAGAGGAAUUGAUGGACGAUGAAAGUCUUGUGGAAGAUGAUGAAGAUGAGUUCGACGAUCUGGAGGAGGACCUGGAGAUGGAAGAAGAAGAAGAAAAAGAAGAAGAGGAAGAAGACUGGAUAGCAGAGGAGGCAGAAGAAGGAGAAGAUACUCCUGAUGCCGCCGAACAGGACAUAUAUGACCCUCAAGACGAAGGGCAAAUCCCUCAAGGCGAGGGUGAGACUCGUUGA